ACAAAAAGUAUCUUUGUCUUAUUUACGCUGAAUUUUGCUCAUUGUGGAUGCCUCAUGAAAACAUGUUUCAUAGUCCAGCUGGCCCAAGUGGGGCAUCAUCUGCUACCAGAAGAAGAAGAAGAAUGAUUUCUUCUGAUACUGAAGAUACCAGUCCAUCUCGACUUAGUGAUGAUUCAAGCAGUGACAGCAAUGACAGUUCUUCCAGUGAACACAGAAGCCGGCCAUCAUGCUGCAUCUGUCUCAAUAAGCUCUCACGACAUGAAGUUGCCAGUCCAGAACUUUGUGACCAUCUCUACUGCAUCAUUUGCUUACAGUCUUGGGCUCAGGGUAGAGCUGAAGCCACUUGCCCCAUUGAUCGUCAGCCGUUCACAGUGAUCAAAGUACGCAAGAUUGAUGACAGCACAGUGAUACGAACUAUUCCUGUGUUCUUAAAGGAGAUACCUCUUCCUGGAGAUGAAAAUUUAGAAGCUGCAGCUUUAAUAGAAAUUGAUGAUGAAUUCAACACGUAUUGUGAGGUUUGCCGAGAGUGUGACCGAGAAGAAGCAAUGUUGCUGUGCGACAGCUGUGACUCAGGCUAUCACAUGGACUGUCUGGAGCCUGCCCUGGAGGUGGUGCCUAUCGAGGAGUGGUUCUGUCCAUCCUGCAGCCUAAUAGUGGACGUCACAAGGGCCAUGGCAUCUGUUAGCCAGGCUGAACCCACCCGGCAGCAAAGAAAUAGGCCGCAAACAACGAACGUAUCGCGGGAACGACAAGACGGCGGCGGAGGAAGCAAUGAAUAUGUUCACGUCCUGCCUCGGACUCGAGAAGUUGAGCGAGUGAGGAAGCGUGUGCACAAAAUAAGGGAAAAUAAAGCAAAAAAGAAGAAGCGUGGACGAAAAAAGAAGAAAAGGAAUGAGGGAGACAAUAAUGAAAACCAGUCGAACGCUUCCAUCAUCCCUCUACUGUAUGCUUUUGGAGAUGAAUGUGGUGACUUCGAUGCCAUGACUACAUUCGAUCCCAUCGCGGAAUCUCUUUUAAAGCGCUCUGGCAAUGCAGAGACCAAAACCAGGGACGUGGCAAGCGUCGUCCGUGGUGGCAUGUCCGUACCUCUUCCUACUUACUGCGGCGGGCGAUCGGAGAUUGAGAAACGUGUCGAGACUUGCUCGAGCUCCGCUGUAAACUUGCUUGAUGACUUACUGGACUCGCAAAGUACGUUGUUGACCAAGCAAGUGGAUAUCACAGAAGAACGCAAGCUUGUUGCACGAGGCAAGAAAAGAGAACUUGCUGAUUCUGACGAUGAGUCACUUCUGUGUAUGAGGCGACCUCUUCCUAGCGUUAGGAUGGAGAUGGAAAAACAAGAACGAAAGAUAAGCGAAGAAAAACGGGAACUUGAUAAAGCUUGUUUAAAAACAGAAAAAAUAAAUGAAGAUGAAGGAUGCAGUCAUUCAGGUACAAGGAAACCCGCAGAUGUUUCCUAUGUAUCGGUCGAAAGACAAAGUAAAAGAUCUGAUGAGAAGCGGAGGGAUUACUGGCCAUGGAAUCGGUCAUCAUACUCGCCAUCUGAUAGUUCUGGCUUCCGUAAACGUGAUCACUACAAAUACCGUGAAACGAAGGAAAGAAAUAGUUACGAUAACCCCAGUAUUUGCUGGGGAUAUCAUGCCUAUAAUAUAAGAGACCGCGCCCGUGAGGAUUCUCGAAAAUAUGGUAACUCGCGCGAGGUUUCUCGUUGUGCUCAUAGAUCUGACGACAGAUAUGAAAGAUACAGUCGAGAUAGACACCAACGUGAUUCAGGCAGAUCACUUGCUAGUGAAAGAUCUCAUCGAGAGAAAAGGCAUUCAAAGGUUUGGGGCUUUGGGCGUAGAAAUGGCUCAAGUGCAAACACAAUUCCUAGUCAUUCACCUUGCAAGGUUAUGAAACAAAAUGCUGGUCCAGUCGAUUCAGAUAUUUCUUCGUACCUGAAUAAUCGAGAAAAAACGACUAACUACAGCCAGCACACAAUGAUCUUGCCUAAAGCUUUGAUGUCUUCCGUUGCUUCAAAAAAUAAGGAAUUCCCAGAUUCUUUGUGCAUUAGUUCCUCGAUUGUGGGACCCGUAACGGAAAAAAAUGCAUCAAUGAACCUUGGCAGAAAUGAGACAAACGCUACGACUUCUGAUGAUUUAGCCAGCAUGAAAGAAUGGGCUCUCUAUAACGAUUCAAAAGCAUUUCAAACUAAAAAUUCUGUGAGCACGACAACUGGGAAGUCUGAAGAUUCUGAUCCGUAUAAAGAAACUCCAGCCAAUGAAGCUAACAAGUUUCUUGAUGUACCUCUUAAUGUAAACACUCGUAAAUCUGAAGAUAUCGCCUCAAGGAUGACGUUUCUUUUUGGCGACAAUGAUGAUAAUGUUGACACGGCUGAAUCGUAUAAAUGCACAUCUCAAUCGACCAAUAGAGGCUUUAGAAAAACCAAUAAUAUAAACCUGAUUAAAAGUUCAAUAGAUAAAGUCCGGCAAGCGGAGGCAAAGUCUCUUGGGUCUGAAAGGGAAGCUAACUGUGAAGAUAAUCUGCGGAUAUUAGUCCCGUCGAGCUGUAAUGGUGAAAAUUUCGCUAUAAGUGAAUCAUUGACUAUUCACGAAGAAUUUAAUCCGACUAAAUCCAAUGGUAUGACAGAGAGUUCUGACGCUACAUGUGCAUCUAUCGCGGUAGAAUCGCCGUCUAUGAUUCAGACCAGUACUCGCAUGUGUGCCUCUAGUGUCAUCAGUUUGUCCGACACUGCGCGCUUGAGUGGCAGUAGCUUAGCAGACGAAGCUCCAGCAGCGGAAGGCAUGCCUAUUUUUAACUGUGUACGGAAAAAAGAAGAAGCAAGUGUUCCCAAUCUUCGCUCCGAUCACCAAGGAGAGAACAACGAUGGAUCGAUUUUCGCUGCAAAUGUAAAUGCAGCAGAGAGUUCGUCCAGCAAUGGGAUAUUAUCAUCAUCUCCAUUGGUCGUGAUCUUGGAUAAAGCGAGCGUUGCAUCGGUGGUGAAGAAGAGGCUCGAUCGUCCCUUCCAUGCAAAAGAAAUCAACAAACAAAGUUACAAGGAGAUAGUCUUCAAGUGCGUGCAUAAAAUAAUAGAAAAAGACUCGGGAACGCAUGCCGCUGUAGAAAAAAUUAAUAAGCUUGUCGACAAUUACCUUCAGUUUUACCAACACAAGGAAAACAAGAUCAAACGCAGAAGCACCGAUGGUGCUCAGUGAUAUUUUUAUUGGUUUGUUGUUACUGUGCAAGUAGUAAAGUAGUUCGUUGACGUUUGGAACUCGUGCUCAAUUUUUAAUAGUAAUUUUAAAAUUUAUAAUCAACCUUUUACCUCUACUGACAUACCCUUGUCUUUUAAUUGUACAUUUGUUCAUUGACUGCAAAGCUGGACAAGUAUGAAUUAUAUUGUGAAUUGUUGAGGUUUUUAAUCAGUCUAUAACUGUUGUCUCAUCUAGUGUUUUGUUAGGUCUUUCAAUAAAUUUUGAGUAACAUUAUUUAA